AUGGCCACCCCGCAGUCGACGACAUCCCACGAGGGCGACGGCGACAAGAAGGACGGCCAAAUCACGUUCAUUUUCUGCGACGAGUGCUCCAACAUGCUCUACCCUAAGGAAGACGAGGACUCCCGUAAGCUGCAGCUCACCUGCCGCACUUGCCACUUCACCAAAGCGGCCGAAUCGUCCUGCGUCUUCCGCAACGUCCUCAACAACGCCGCCGGCGAGACGGCCGGUGUCACGCAGGAUGUCGGCUCUGAUCCAACGGUUGGUGCCCCCCCCAGCCCCAACACUGUUUCCAGCGUCUCCCCCCACAGCAAGGCUGUGCUUUGCUUUUGCUGCGGUGCGUUGAUUGCGUGCCGCUCCUGUGGCGUUGUGUUUUGCAAACUUGCGUCUUCGCCGUCCGAGACGAGUGCGACGAGCGCAGCUACGACGACGACGACAACGGCCGCCUCUACAGACGACACUCCGACAGUCUCGCCUUCUCUCCGCGAUCUCGACGACCUCGACCUGUAUCCCUACGACUAUGAUUUUGAAGACGUGACAAACACCGCUGGCAUGUUUUCCGAGAACGACUGUCUCGACUACGACAACGACUACGAGUUCAUGGACGGCUGCGAAGAGACGGUUUCUGCUCUCGGAAACGACGCUGGUAAGGCGUUUUCAUGA